AUGCAGCCUACGACCACCAAGACAUCACACUCAUGCGUCCACCACAGAUUCUACCAACCUUGGUUGGAUGCCCAGGGCACCUCAGCCAAUGUCGCCUCGCAUGUUCAGGACCUCGCCGAUGUCGACGACUUCGCCAUCAACACUCUUUCCGACAAAGGCUUCCGCCCACUGGCCUCGCGCGACACCACCUUGACCGCCUUUGCCCAACUCGCCGCCCUCCGUCUCAAUGUCCGUCGCGCUAUGGUCAGUCUGAUUGACUCAAAACAUCAAUACAUUCUAGCAGAAGCUACCAAAACUCUUUCUUUGGUCGAUGACACACGACAUGCAGAAGGCGACGCCCUAUGGCUCGGAACCACCUCGUUAGCAAGAGAAGAUGCCGUGUGCCAAUGUUCCUUUACAAGACAGUAUACUGUCACCGAUGACGAUGGUCACACCAUUACCGCAACUGCUGCUGUCAUGCCCGACUGUCGCUUGGACAACGACUACAAGGACAAACCCUAUGUUCUUUCAGAACCCGGUGUCCGCUUCUAUGCUGGCGUACCCAUCAGAUCAAGAUCUGGUCACAAUAUCGGCGUUUAUGCUGUUAGUCACGACUCCCCGAGGGACCCCCUCACCUACGACGAACUCCGUUUCAUGCAAGAUAUCGCUGUCGCUGUCAUGGAUCAUCUGGAAUGGGCAAGGGAUCGUGUAGAUCGUUACAAAGGCGAACGCAUAGUUCGUGGUAUGGCCGACUUUAUUGAAGGUGCUCCAUCCAUGCGUGCCAUGAAGAAAGAGUCGGAGAAAGAGGAGCAGUCUGCCGUGGUUACCAACAAUACUGAUCUAGCGUCAGAAUUGAGUAAUACCCCUACCGAUGAUCCCAGCAAGCGGUCAUCACCCAGGACAGCAGAUAGCAGUAGAUCUGUGAAUCGACCGACACUCGAAUCUAGGUCUCAAUCCUUCAUUAGGCGCCGCGAAGCCAAGACAGACAACUUGUCCAAAUUGCUUGAUCGCGCUUCUCGAAUACUGCGAGAAUCCACGCUUGCCGAAGGCGUUGUAUUCUUUGGGCCAUCUGGAAACAUUCCAUCUAAGCCUACUUUGAGGUCUGCGAUGGCAGCCCGUGACAGAAUGUCUGGCACUGACGACGAGUCUACAAAGCACCUCUCAGUCGACUCGGUUGAUGUCGAAAACUCGACAGACUCUGAUGCUGCAACCUACCACGUUCACACUUCUAAGACCCUCGGCCUCUCCUUGGCUAACAAGCAAGACAGCUCUUUGUUUCACGACACAGCGCUGGAUGUUCUGACUCUUGAAAAUUAUUUCAAGCUUUAUCCCAAUGGAAAGAGUUUGCACUUCUCCGAGGCUGGUUCAGGCCUGUCAUCUGAGGAUGACAGUGCUAGUGAGAGUCAGAGUACCGGAAGGAUGAUGAAUCUGGAUGAUGAUCUGUCGUAUCUGCGAGCUUUCGGUAACACUAUCAUGUCCGAGGUUGCCCGCAUGAACGCGAUGAAGGACGACCGAGCAAAGACAACAUUCAUUGCAUCUAUGAGUCACGAGUUACGCUCUCCGUUGCAUGGUAUUCUUGGGUCGGUCGAAUUCUUACAAGAAACCGCCGCCGACGCCUAUCAGUCUGGCCUGAUCAAUUCGAUCUCUACUUGUGGUAAAACUCUGCUGGAUACACUUGAUCACGUCCUCGAUUAUGCCAAGAUCAAUAAGCUUGGUCGGAACCGAAUGAAGAAGGAUGCUAGGUCGAAUCGACUCGCUUCCGCUACUGAUUCACCCUCAGAGAGUCUUAGCAUUUCGGCUGAGAUCGACCUCGGACUGGUUGUAGAAGAGGUUGUUGAAGCUGUAUGUGCUGGCCAUGCGUUCAAGAAGAUGCAUACCGGAGAGCUCAAGUCGCGUGAGGGACCUGUUAUCACCAUGUCUCGCCACGCCUCGGCUAGCAAACUUUCAACCGCUGAUGGUGGAAACAUUCACGAAGGUGAAGUUGCCGUUCUGCUUGACGUCAGUCCUCGGGCGAGCUGGGUUGUGCGUACGCAACCAGGCGCCUUGAGAAGGAUUAUUAUGAACCUUUUAGGAAAUGCUCUGAAAUACACUCCCAAGGGCUGGGUAGCAGUGUCUCUCCGAGCUCAGGAAAGCACGCACCCAAACAAAAUGGACGUGACUUUCCGAGUCAUCGAUUCUGGCAAGGGAAUGUCUGAGGACUUCCAGAAGAACCGUCUGUUUGUUCCUUUCAGCCAAGAAGACACUUUCCAACCCGGAACUGGAUUGGGCCUCAGCAUCGUGAGACAGAUUGUAGAUUCACUCGGAGGUACUAUCGAUAUCAAGAGUGUGCAAAACGUUGGCACUGAAGUCGACGUUCAUCUGAGUCUUGCACUAGCAGACCCAACCACUAACAUUAGACUGGAUGAUGAAGUAGCUUCCGUGGCUGCAAAGACCAAGGGGUUGAGACUGUGUCUCCUGGACCCUAACGGGGAAAAGGAGAAAGACGGAAAUGACAAUAUCAGCCGCCUCGAUACGACACUAUCGGAAGUUUGCUGGGGUUGGUUCGAGAUGGAAGUGACGAGAGCAAGCAGUUUGAAGGACGCCGAUGCAGACAUGUAUAUGUACACUGAGCCACCUUCAGUCGAAUAUUUACUGGAACACCACAGCGUGAACCAGAGUCGUACUGGUGGGGGCAGAGGAAAGGAGGUUCCGCUAAUCAUUGUCUGUCUGAACGCAUCAGAAGCUGUGGGGAUUACUGCCAACCAUAUCAAGCUGGCAAAGGUAUUGGGUCAAUGUGUUAGACGCAUGGAAGAAACCUUCAACAAGCCUAUGUUACCCGAUCGACAACCAAGACCUGAAGGCGUACCACACCGAUCAAGAUUAGAGGACGUAGGUGCGGCAUCCAUCCUCGGAUUGCCAAGCAUAACUCUCCCACGCCUUAACACUUCAGAGGAGAGGGCCGAAUCUGUUCGCGCCCGAGACUUCAUCCGCAACACAGUUUCAGAAAUUCCGCCCAGCACGGCUGUUUCGUUCCCCAGCAUCAAUCGAGACGAAGGCAAUGCCAGAGAAUCUCAAGCCCAAUCGCAAUCAGGCUCCGUACCUCAUGUCCUGCUCGUUGACGACAACCCAAUCAACCUCCAACUCCUAGUCAUUGGCCACGACGACCCUUCCAAACCACCCUUCGACUUUGUGUUGAUGGAUAUUUCGAUGCCGGUGAUGAAUGGUCUAGAAGCCACUCGCCGCAUUCGUGAAUUCGAAGUUGAGCAGGGUGUUGGCAAGAAAGCUACCAUUAUUGCACUUACGGGGUUGGCGAGUGCGGAGGCACAGGCUGAUGCUGAGUCCUCUGGUGUGGAUAUUUAUAUGGCUAAGCCGGUGAAGUUCCAGGCGUUGAGGCCGUUGCUUGUGAGUAAGAAACCUGAGAAGAAGGCUGAGGAGCAAGUACCCUCGUGA